UAUAGUUCCUAUUAUAACAAAACUUAAAUUUUAUACGUUAUUACAUUUAGCCAGUUUAAGUCUUCUACGCCUGAUGAUUUAUGGAAUAUGAUGCACGUUAACAUGGAUAAUCCAGAACUAGGCAACUCUACUAUGAAAUAUAUAAUGGGGAACUGUGUAAGAGAAAAUAAUUAUCCUAUUGUAAAUGUUCGUCGAACUGAACAUACGCUGGAAAUAUCUCAAUAUCAAGAUGAAUAUCACAUCGAUGAACACUAUCGGCAAAAAGUACUUCAAUGGAUACCUACCACUUUCACUACAUGGGAAGAGUUAGAUUUCAAUAAUAUGACUCACCAUUGGAUACCUCCAAAGGAUAGCACAAAGUAUAACAUAUCUGUCCCAAUUACUACUAAGAAUGGAUGGAUCAUACUAAAUUUACAACAAACAGGAUACUAUCGUGUAAAGUACGAUGACAAGAGCUUAGAUGCAAUUACAUACUAUUUAAGGUUUAUGGAAUAUGAGGAUAUUCAUGUUCUUAACCGUGCUCAAAUCAUUGAUGACACAUAUUAUUUUUUGAAGAGAGGAGAAAUUACAUAUGGCAGGUUUUUGCAUCUCAUAUACUAUUUGCGCGAAGAGAGGGAUUACGUAGCAUGGUAUCCAAUGUUUCAAAUGUUUAGAGACAUAUCAUGUUUCUUACCAUUUGAAGAGAGCGCACCUUUAAAGGUGAGAUAGUCAUAAAUUUAUUAAAAAGUUGUUAAGAAGCAUGUUAUACGUUACGUGCAU